AUGCAGCAAGUAACCCCCAAUGAACAGAGAAUCAUCAAUACCCUCCAAUCCAAUUGGAUCUGGGUCCCCAACUGGAUCGAUUCUCCGCCACCGAAUGUAAACACUGCCGGUCGAAUCGUGUGCUUCAGAAGGCGCUUAUCUCUCGCCUCACCACCGACAAGGGCUCUCCUCCAUAUUUCGGCAGACACGCGGUAUAAGCUCUUCGUAAAUGGGGAGCGCGUGGCUGUCGGACCCACGCGGUCAAGUCCCUGGAUCUGGUACUAUGACACGAUCGACAUAGCGUCCUAUCUGCGGCAAGGAAAUAAUACAGUGCAAUUAGAUGUUCUUCGCUAUUUCUUCGUAUCGAGAGCUGCAAUGCCUUUUCAGCGGACCGCGUUGCCGGGAUUGACGGUUGUCGGCGUUAUUGAGACAGAAAAUGGAGCUGUUGAGCUCGAUACGGCAAAGACCGAGGCCUGGGAAGCGCGAGUCGAUGAGAGUAGACUGUUUCCUAUGGGGCUGGUGGACGAUCCGUUUCUUCAUAUCAACGAGCGCGUCGCCCCGGUCGAGCUGUCCGCACCCAUAACCCCGAUCCUGCACGGCAUCAAGACGUUGAAUGGAGAGCUAGCACCAUGGAGACUACGUCCACGGGCGAUACCAAUGUACGAGGAAAGCAGCGUUGCGGUAGACACCAUCCGUUCAUGCAGCAGCAUACGUACUAAGGAGGAAUGGCUGGCCGGCCUCAGUCAGAGCGAGAAGCCCCUGCUUCUGCCAGCAGGCUCGUCACACGCUCUAGAUCUGCAGGCAGCGGUGCACUCCACGGCCUUCCUCCGCUGGACGUUCAAAUCCACGGGUAGGGCGUCUUCCAUUCGCUUCAAGGUCACAUACUCUGAAGGCUACGAGCUAAACCCACGCGCAUACCCAUUUUUCCGGACAAAGAACGACCGCCUCGAUGCAGAAAAUGGCCACUUAAUCGGCCCCUAUGACGAGAUCCAGCUGGACAUCCCAGCCUUCGGAGAGACAAUCGCAUACGAGCCCUUCUGGUUUCGCACUUUCCGUUUCUUUCGCGUAGAGAUCACAGUUGGAUCCGAACCGGUUGCCUUGGAGGCCCUGAUAGCAAGACAGGUAAACUACCCUUUAGCCAUCAAGGCGAAUUUCGCCAACCCCAGCAACCCGGAUAGCGCUCGCAUCUGGGACGUCUCGAUCCGCACGAUGCGCAACUGCAUGUUCGACGGGUACGCCGACUGUCCGUUCUAUGAGCAGCUGCAGUACUCGGGGGACAGCCGUUCCGUGGGCUUGUUCCACUACUACCUCUCUGGCGACGACAGACUCAUGCGGCAGGCAAUCACAAACUAUGCAGCGUCGAUAACAUCUGAGGGGCUCACGCAGUCGCGGUUCCCCUCGCACGUCCCGCAAAUUAUAGCGGGCUUCUCUCUGUACUGGAUCCUGCAAGUUGCAGACCAUUUCCUCUUCUUUGGGGACAGAGCGUACACGCGUUCGUUCCUACCGAGGAUCGACGGUGUCCUCGAAUUCUUUGAGAGCAAUGUGGAUCAGCUCGGUCUCGUCAGCGGACUUCCCGAAGAUGUAUGGCAGUACGUUGACUGGGUCACUACCUGGGGUGCAACAGACGAGCACCCAGAUAAGGGAGUGCCGACGUCCGGCAGAAGAUCAAAUCGGCAUACUUAUUUCAGUCUUCUGUAUGCAUACGUCCUACAGAGAACAGCGAAGUUAGUACGGGAUCUCGGAAGGCCUGGUUACGCUGCGGAAUAUGAGGCGCGCGCGGUCUCGUUGCAGACGGCAGUCCGGCGCCAUUGCUACGACGGGCAUUAUUUCACAGACUCCACGGCCGAUCUAUCAGGUGACGAUGCAUACUCGCAGCACACUCAAGUGUUCGCCAUCCUCUCCGGGACCGCUCUUCCAGACGAAUGCUCCCGACUGCUCAAGCAGUCGUUCGCGGACGAACGAUUCUCCAGAUGCAGCUACAUGAUGCGCUUCUACGCGCUGCGUGCCUUCUCCGCAGCCGGAGACGAGAUGUACGAAUCCUUUUGGAGAAACGAGGCCUGGAACCCGUACCGCAAGAUGUUAGCGGAGAAUCUCACUACGUGGGAAGAGGACGACGUCCGCCAGCGCUCGGACUGCCAUGCGUGGGGGAGCGUGCCGAUCUACGAGUACUGUGCCGAGCUGGUCGGUCUAACGCCCGUCAAGCCGGGGUGUGCGAAAAUCCGCUUCAAGCCUAGGUUGAGGCUGAGUGAAAGUGUCUCUGCCAAGGUAGCCUUGGGCAAAGAUAAUCUUGCAAGUGUCCAGUGGGAGGCCGCCGGUGAUCAAGAGACGAGGGUCCAUCUGAAGCUGGAGAGCCCCGUAGAGGUCCUCAGUCAACUGCCUGGUGGUGAAGAGGUUGAUCAUGGGGCGGUUGAUUCCUUGAAUCUUGUGUGGCGUGGGUGA